UCUUGAUCAAACUAACAUCUAUCAAUCAUACGUAAAAGAGUGUUAUUGUGUUAAGUACAACAAAAAAAGAUAAAGUUUACGUACUACAUAUUUUGAAUAAUAAUUAAGGUAAUCAAAUAGGAAAACUAGCUGAAAUUAAGGAGAAAAUGCCGAUGAACAAUGAGAUGUCGCCGUCAGCAACACCGGCAUCUGUAAGUGAUCGGCCGUUGAUUAAGUCGUUCAGCUCUAAGGAUGCCAGGAUCUCACUUGUGCAAAAGGCAGGAGCAGAAUUCGUUGGAACAUUCAUACUAGUAUUUUCAGCAGCAGGUGGGCCCAUAGUCAACCAAAAAUUCGACGGAGCUGAAUCAUUAUUAGGAAAUGCCGCAUGUUCUGGGCUUGCUGCUAUGAUUGUUAUCCUUUCUAUUGAACACAUUUCAGGGGCCCAUAUUGACCCAGCUGUUACUCUUGCUUUUGCGGCCCUUAAACAUUUUUCAUGGGCCGAAGUGCCCAUUUACAUUGUGGCCCAAUUCAUUGGAGGGAUUUCAGCUGCUUUCUUGCUUAAACUUGGUUAUCACCCUUUUAUGUUGGGUGGUGGUACUGUGCCAUCUACUAGCUUUGGCCAGGCGUUUUUGCUAGAGCUUGUUGCAACUUUCUUCCUUAUGUUCGUCAUCACGGCUGUUGCGACUGAUACACGUGCUGUAAGUUGUGUUAUUUUUCGGAAAUAA